GCUCACGUGGUAAAACACACAGUCCCCGUGGUCCACAACUUGAUCGUGACAUUGAUAUUGCAUUGACAUGAUAUUGAUGCCUAUAAACAGUUGGCCUUUAGAGCUACAUUAGACUACAUCUAUCGUCAGUUGUCUAGUACAGUGUGAUCAGCGGACAGGGUGCUCUUGCAAAAUGGCUGAUCAACGUGUUGGAAUGAAGAGAUCUCGCAAUGUGGAGGAUGCUGACAGUCCAGAAACAAAGAGGGUCAACCAAGAAGAUGAUGUAGAUGAGACGUUUAUCAAGUUUCUACUGCCAGAAUUCGCCUGUGGAAUGAUCAUCGGCAAUGGAGGCUCAACUGUCACAAAGCUAAUGGCUGAGACUGGAACAGUUAUCAAGUUUUCUCCGGGACGUGAGUGUUACCCAGGCACCUCUGAGCGUGUAUGUAUCGUCACAGGGAAGAUAGAAGCAAUCUCUCAUGCCUUGCAAGUUGUCUUUGAUACUCUAGUGGCCACUACCCACCCACGAGGAGAGGAAAUUCUGGAGUCGUUAGGUAACUUCAAGAUGCUUGUGUCCAAUAUUGCCUCGGGCAUGGUCAUCGGUAAAUCAGGAAGUACAAUAAAGGCACUGAAGAGCGAAUACGGAGUAAACCUCCAGGUUAGCUCCAAAGACGAAAAUUCCCUACCCGAACGCACCCUGACAAUUACUGGAGAGAGACAUAGUGUGUUGAGUGUGACUUCACGGAUAUUACAGCACACUAUCGGAGACCCAGAAGCCUCAAAAUGGAAAAGACUAACUCGCUAUGGUAAAAAUUCCACUAAUCAAGCAAAUUGUGGCAACAGCUCGUUUGGAAAUGCUAUUGGGCUCGCUCCAUCUCGUUCACACUCCCAAUCCCCUCAAGGCAUCAUGGCGGCCCAUACCAAUUCCCAAUCUGCAGCUUCCCUCGGUUACGGUGCAGCUGCUGCUAUGCCCAAUAGCUCAGAUACUGGUGCCCAAUUCUUAGCCUUCCUUCAACAACAGCAACAGCAGGUCCAGGCUCAAAGUGUCUUCUCUGCCCUUCAGAAUCAGAAGGACAGUUUCUCCCAGGCUCAACUCUCAUACGCCUAUGCUCAGUCCCUUGCGGGUGUGUCUUCAUACUACUCCAAGUACAACCCGGUCUUGGUGGAUGGUGUUAACUUGCAAGUACCAGGGGCUACUGUUUCGACCAUGGAGAUGGCCAUUCCUGAGGUGAUGACCAGCAUGGUAGCCAAUGCGCAGACUAUUGCUGACAUUAAGCAAUCGACUGGCGUGAGGAUCGAGCUUACUGGGAAAGGAGAGUAUAUCCCCGGAACAUACAACCGAAAGCUCACAAUUGUGGGUCCAAUUUUGUCAGUCCAAUCAGCUCACAUGAUCUUUAUUCAAAAAAUUAUUGUGGAGCAAGAGAGGUUUCAGAAACAAGGCUUGCUCUAAUUGGACCGUCUUUAAUGAGGGCUCUCAUUUUGCAAUAUCCAGUAUUGGUACCCUAUCAUCGAUCAGUUCAUGCAAUCAGUCAAGUAUCAACAACAUGCUACGCAGCUUAGUAUUAAUUUAAUACCAAUCUUUUUUUGUUUUAUUCAAGUCACAUUCUAUUUGUACAUUGUUGUCUACAGAAUUAUGAUAAUGUUUUUGUCUUGAAUUAUUAAAUUCUCAACGUUUAUAAUUAACCCUGC